GUUGUGCACGUCAAAAAAUUAUCAGUUUGUGCUUACACAUCAAAUGGCAGUCGCGUAAAUAAAUAACAAUUUUAGAAAAUUUAAUUGUAAAUUACUUUGCAAAAUGACGGAAAAGAUCACAUUGGCCGAUGCGCUAUCCAAUGUGGAAGUACUCGACGAGCUGUCGCUGCCCGAUGAGCAGCCCUGUAUUGAGGCGCAACCUUGUUCAAUCAUCUAUAAAGCCAAUUUUGACACGAACUUUGAAGAUCGCAAUGGAUUUGUAACGGGUAUAGCAAAAUAUAUUGAGGAAGCGACAACUCAUGCUAAUCUUAACGUUCUGCUUGAGGAGGGACAGAAACAUGCUGUUAUGCUUUAUACUUGGCGCUGCUGCUCGCGUGCCAUACCUCAACCGAAAUCCAAUGAGCAACCCAAUCGUGUGGAAAUUUAUGAAAAAACGGUCGAGGUACUGGCACCGGAAGUAAACAAAUUACUCAAUUUCAUGUACUUCCAACGUAAAGCUAUUGAAGCAUUUUCAGGCGAGGUGAAACGUCUGUGUCAUACAGAAAAGCGUAAGGAUUUCGUAUCAGAAGCUUAUCUCUUAACAUUGGGCAAAUUUAUCAACAUGUUUGCUGUCUUGGACGAAUUGAAAAAUAUGAAAUCGAGCGUGAAAAAUGACUACAGUACAUAUCGACGUGCGGCCCAAUUUCUCAAAGUGAUGUCCGAUUCACACACGCUGCAGGAGUCACAAAAUUUGUCCAUGUUUCUUGCCACGCAAAAUAAAAUACGGGACACCGUUAAAGAUACACUCGAAAAAAUUAUUGGCUACGAAGAUCUGCUCUCGGAUGUGGUAAACAUUUGUGUGCACAUGUUUGAAACCAAAAUGUAUUUGACGCCCGAAGAAAAACACAUGCUCGUAAAAGUAAUGGGCUUCGGACUCUUUCUCAUGGAUAGCGAUGGUUGUAAUAUAAAUAAAUUGGAUCAAAAGAAAAAAAUACGCUUGGACCGCAUAGAUCGAAUUUUCAAAAAUUUGGAAGUUGUACCAUUAUUUGGUGAUAUGCAAAUUGCACCCUUUAAUUACAUCAAACGUAGCAAACAUUACGAUUCGAGCAAAUGGCCCUUGUCCAGUUCGAAUGCAAUUAGUCCACAAGCCGAUUUGAUGGUGCACUUGCCGCAAAUACGUGAAGAUCACGUUAAAUACAUCUCUGAAUUGGCACGCUACACGAACGAAGUCACUACGACAGUGAAAGAAAAUCCCACAGAUGCCGAAAAUCGUGCCACAUCUGAUUUGGCGCUGCGUGGACUGCAAUUGCUCUCUGAGUGGACCAGUGUUGUAACGGAAUUGUACUCGUGGAAGCUCUUGCAUCCAACAGAUCAUCAUCAGAAUAAAGAAUGUCCCGUAGAGGCUGAGGAAUAUGAACGUGCAACACGCUACAAUUAUACUUCGGAAGAGAAAUUCGCUCUUAUCGAAGUAAUUGCAAUGAUCAAGGGCUUACAGGUUCUGAUGGCACGCAUCGAGACGGUGCUGUGCGAGGCGAUACGUCGCAAUAUAUACGCGGAGCUGCAGGACUUUGUGCAGCUCACGCUUCGUGAACCACUGCGUAAAUCGGUGAAGAACAAAAAGGAUUUGAUACGCAGUAUUAUAAUGUCAGUGCGCGAGACCGCUGCCGAUUGGCAGAAAGGCCAUGAGCCCUCGGACGACCCAGCUGCGAAGGGUAAGAAGGAUCCGGAUGGCGGUUUUCGCGUGCAAGUGCCACGCUUGAAUGUCGGUCCAUCAUCGACGCAGCUGUAUAUGGUGCGUACUAUGCUGGAGUCGCUAAUCGCCGAUAAAAGCGGUGGCAAACGUACAUUGCGUAAAGAUAUUGAUGGCAAUUGCCUCAUGCAAAUCGAUACGUUUCACAAAACCUCAUUCUAUUGGAGUUAUCUGCUUAACUUCAGCGACACGCUACAAAAAUGCUGCGAUCUUUCACAAUUGUGGUAUCGUGAGUUCUACUUGGAAAUGACAAUGGGUCGUAAAGUGAACAAGUGCAUGGUGAAGCAUCAACACAAUGAGGAAUGCAAAGAUCUAAUCACUAUGGAGAAGCGUAUACAAUUCCCGAUUGAGAUGUCUAUGCCAUGGAUAUUAACCGAUCACAUAUUGCAAACGAAGGAGCCAUCGAUGAUGGAAUUCGUUCUAUACCCAUUGGAUUUGUACAAUGAUUCGGCACAUUAUGCCUUAACCGUGUUUCGCAAGCAAUUUCUGUAUGACGAAGUAGAGGCCGAGGUCAAUUUGUGCUUUGAUCAAUUCGUUUAUAAGUUGAGCGAACAGAUUUUCGCACACUACAAGCAAUUGGCCGGCAGCAUCUUUCUGGACAAACGUUUUCGCUUGGAGUGCGAGGUGCUCGGCUUUAAUUUUCAUUCGUAUCCGCGUAAUAACCGCUAUGAAACGCUGCUGAAGCAACGGCAUGUGCAAUUGUUAGGUCGUUCCAUUGACUUGAAUAAGCUCAUAAAUCAGCGCAUCAAUGCAAAUAUGCACAAAAGUGUUGAAUUGGCGAUCUGUCGAUUUGAAGGCAAUGAUAUAACGGGGAUUGUGGAACUCGAGGGCCUUUUGGAGGCUAACCGCAUUUGCCACAAAUUGCUCAGCAAGCACUUGGCGCUGGAUAAUUUCGAUGCUAUGGUGAAGGAGGCAAACCACAACGUCUUGGCACCUUAUGGGCGUAUCACUUUGCAUGUGUUCGUGGAAUUGAAUUAUGACUUUUUGGUUAACUACUGUUACAAUGCGGCCACCAAUCGCUUCGUACGUAGCAAAGUCAACUUGGCCUCCUCACAGCCCAUACAACGCGAGAAGCCACCGCAAAUGGCACACUUCUAUCUGUGGGGCUCCAAGCAGUUGAAUGCCGCCUAUUCGACGCAAUAUGGUCAGUACACCGGCUUCAUCGGUGCGCCACACUUCCACGCCAUGUGUCGGUUGCUCGGCUAUCAGGGCAUCGCCGUCGUUAUUGACAUCAUACUAAAAGAUAUCGUGAAGCUGCAAAUACAGGGCACGCUGCUGCAAUUCACCAAAACCCUAAUGGGCGCUAUGCCGAAGUCGUGCAAAUUGCCGCGCUGCGAGUAUGGCUCGCCGGGCGUACUCAGCUACUACCAGGCGCAUCUGACCGAUAUCGUGCAGUAUCCCGAAACUAAGACCGAUCUUUUCCAGUCCUUCCGCGAGCUGGGCAAUUGCAUUAUAUUCUGCUUGCUCAUCGAGCAGGCGCUCUCGCAGGAAGAAGUGUGUGAUCUGCUGCAUGCGGCACUCUUCCAGAAUAUAUUCCCGCGUCCGUUCUGCAAAGAAAAUGAAAAGCCCGAGGCCAAGCAGAAACGUUUCGAGGCGCAAUUCGCAAACCUGCAGAUCGUGUCGAAUGUGGAGAAAAUUGGCAAUGCAAAACAAGCGAUGAUCGCGCGUGAAGGCGAUUUAUUAACACGCGAACGCCUCUGCUGUGGCCUGAGCAUUUUCGAGGUAAUACUGAACCGCAUCAAAAGCUAUUUGGACGAUCCCGUUUGGAGCGGGCCACCGCCGGCUAACGGCAUCAUACACGUUGACGAAUGCUCGGAAUUCCAUCGUUUAUGGUCGGCACUGCAGUUUGUCUACUGCAUACCGGUACGCGGCACUGAGUACACCAUCGAGGAGCUCUUCGGCGAGGGCUUAAAUUGGGCCGGCUGCGCCAUGAUCGUAUUGCUGGGUCAACAGCGACGUUUUGAGGCUUUAGAUUUUUGCUAUCACAUUCUGCGCGUACAACGCGUCGACGGCAAGGACGAAGACGUCAAGGGCAUUAAACUGAAACGUAUGGUCGAUCGCAUUCGCCGCUUUCAAGUAUUAAACUCACAAAUAUUUGCUAUACUCAAUAAAUAUCUGAAGGGUGGCGACGGCGAGGGCUCGAACGUGGAGCACGUGCGCUGUUUUCCGCCGCCGCAGCAUCCGACGAUGAUUUCAUCGCACUACCAAGAUCCGAACAAACUGCGUCAGAGCAUGACGAACAAUUGAGCGAAUACACCACUCUAAUUAUUAACCUCUAUCUAUAACUAUUAUUAAUUAUUAACAUAUUAUUAUUAUUAAUAUUAUAAACUAUUGUAACGGUAUGCUAGGUACACAUACAUAUAAGCAUAAACUUUAAUGAAUUUAUAAAUAUUUCGUAUAUAUUAGUUAAGCAGUAGGCAUUUCGUUCACAAACACACACAAAGUUCAUUAUAAUAUACAAUAUGCAAGAAACGAAUACUUGGAAUACACAAACAAUGAAAAAUUCUCUCAAAUUCAAACAAAAUAUUUAUUUAUACAAACAUUACGCUAGUAUUAUCAUAUAAAUAUAACAAAUUUAUAUACGAUUGAUUGGUUAUUGUAUGCUAGGCGAAGUGGCGGGGCGUGAGUUGAUAAGUAGGCCAAAGAUUACACAACAAAAACAAAAACAAAACGGGCAAACAAAAAGAAAAUGUUUUUGGCUUUAAAUAGCAAACCAUGUUUACAACAAUUACAAUAAUAACCAAUUAUUUACACACACAUUAUUAUGUAGUACCGUUAUGGCGCAAAAAGAUAUCAACAAAAAAGUUCAAAAAUGUUUUUCAGUAAUUUCGCUUGUAUGGAAUUGUUUAAGCUGCAGUCUGAGAGCUAAAUGAUAAUUAAAUAACAUAAUGUUAAGCAAGGAAAGUACGCGUGCGCAUAACAAUUGCAUUUACGUCAAAUUAAUAAAUGACAGAGUAGGCAAAACAUUAUUCCAAAUAUUUAAAAAAUGCUGAUAAAUAAACGUUUUACACAUUUUCUAACGAAA